AUGGCGCUCCACCAGCUCUUCACGCUGGCGUUUGCGCUCCAGCUCGAGCCCCUGCCUACGCUCGACUACGUCGCAGCGCACCACGACGACGAUCAGGAGCCCGGCAAUGACGACUUCCGCGUCGGCGCAAACACCUUUCUCGAGCCCAUCGUCUCGCGCCACCCGCCGCACCCCGUACACACCAUCUCGUUCCUGCUGCAGCACACCAACGCCCUGGACGCCGUUGCGCCCUGGUCCGACCUCAUCGCGCUGCUGGCCAGGGCCGACGACGAUCCCUCUUUCAAGAACCUGCGCGAGUUCUUCGACGCUCGAUACGAUGACAGCGGCAGGCUGAUUGGCGCCGAUCCGCCGCCCAAGAAGCCCUCGAGCCCGACCAGGCGCCUCCGCAGCGCAUCGCGCAGCACCGCUUUUGCGCCGCCAACGCGCAGGAGCAGCCAGGCCGCCGCCGACGGCAGAAAGGCCUCGUUCGCGCAGAGCAUCGGCGGCGCGGCCGCCUUGAAGCUCGGCUGGUUGCGCAAAAACACUGGCGAGAGCGCCGGCGCCUCUCAUGGCGACUUCUCCGACGACGAGGUGCAGUCGAGCCAUUCGCGUGACGGAUCCCUUCCCCAGCCCAAGGCCUACUAUGCAGCUUCCGAGAUUCAGUUUGUCAGGACGCAAGGUACUGGCAACGCAGAGUGCGUCUCCGUGCCCGUCGCCGCAUCGAGCGUCACCCCGACCGGUGCCGGCAAGGGCGGUCAGUCGGUCAAGACGGUGCGCUUCAACGUCCGCCUCGACCUGCACAGCGUCGGUCUCGCACCGCAUCCGCCAAGAUCUGCGCGCAGACAGAGCGGCGCAUCAUCCCAUCCGCGCAGAGUCUCUGAUCCAUCGGAAGCGUCUUCGAUCGAGCGGGUGCCGAGCCGGGCGCCGUCGGGCCGGUACGAAGGAGCCGCUCUCGCGGGCGGCCAGGACCUAGCUCAGGCCAUCAGCCCCAUAAGCUCGAGGUCGUUUGGAGGCCUCAGCGACGAGAUGCACGACUCGAACCAUGCUGGCGUCGAGACGCCGUCGUCGCCGACAGCGAGGCGGAAAGGAAGCUCGACGAGCCUCGCUGGCGCUGGCCCACCCGGCGGCUCGAGCGCGGGCGGCGCUAGCGGCAAGGCUACGCGACGGCCCUCGAUGAUGUCCAAGCUGCUCGAUUUCGGACUGCGGAAGCGCUCCACCACCGAGCGGAGCGAUACCAUCGACAGCAGGGACGGCACAGGAAGCGAAGCAUCCUCCCAGCAUGCUCCGUCAGAGCAGGGCGGCUCUCAUUUGGCGCAUGCCAAGCGAGUGCCGUCAGGCUUGAGCCACCUCCGUGCCAACGGCAGUUUUAACCGGGGCCACAGUGGCGACGAAGACGAAGGCGACAACGAUGACGAGGCGCUCGACCUGGCUGAAGAGGAGGACGGGGAAGCGGGCGCAGAGGGCGAGGGCGGAGCAGCGUCGGCUCGAGUGGCAAGACGAGGCUCGUCGCACCGUCAGCUUGGGGAACCGGCACAGCUGUCGAGGCGGCGCAGCUCGAACGGCAGCUCCGGCCGUGCAGGCCUCUUGCAAAGCGCCAUCUCGAUGGAACCCGACCUGGGCCCGGUGCGCGAGGAUGGCACCUUCGAGAUCGAGCGUUUCACCACGCGCUCCAGCAUCGAUGCCCGCUCGAUCUCGGCGCUCGGCGACGUCGAGCCGUCGGACGAGGCCCGAGAGGCCCAGGACCGGAUGCUGGCAGACGGUCGCGACUUUAUCAGCCUGCUUCGCGCCGCCAGCGAGAUGGCGCUGCGUCUGGCCGAGGCGGCCGGGGAACAGAGGCAGGCCGACGAAGGCUCGAACUCCUCCCUCGCGGCAGCCGAAGGAGGACCAGCAACCACACCGAGAAACGAGAUGGACGCGCAGCCGCAGUGGAUGAGCGACAAGGCGCGGGGCAAGCGACCGGAGGCCAGCGGCAACACGACGCCGUCAGGAUCUGGCGCUGGCCCGCAGGUGCGACCCAAGACGUCGUCGGUCCCGUCGACGCCCUCGAUCAAGGAGCGAUCCUUUGACCUCGAAAGGUCGCCCAACCCUUUCGCGCGAUCCGACGCCCAUGGCGCUUCGAGCGGCGACGAUGGCAACCGACACUCGGUCGAGCCUUGGUGGCCCUGCGGCGAGGUCGAUCCGCUGCCUGUCAGCAUCUCGUGCGCGCUCGGGCAGGCGCUCGGCUGGGAGGGCAUCAUGCAACUCUGCUACGGACGCGGCAGCCGAUCGGCUGCAGAGGGCAGCUACGCUCCCCUUGGUCGCGCUGCGGCCCUCGACGAGGCCAACAAGCGGCACGAACGCACGGUCCUGGCAUGGAGGACGGGCGUGGCUAGCGCAGACGAAGCGGCGCCGCACGGCGAGGAGCCCAUCCCGCCGUCGGUCGACACCACCGCGUCCACUCGGAGCGAGCUUGACUCGUUUUCGACGUCGAUUGGCGAGCGCCUCAACCUCGUCGAUGAUGUCCACGGCGCGGCACAACCCGCCACAGCUGGGACCCAAAAUGCCGGCAUCGCGACGGGCAACGGCGGCCCUGAGGCCACGGUUGCGCCCAAUGCCAAUGCCCACGCCAAUGGUCCUGCGCCCUACGCUCUGACGACGCUCAAGGAUCUGCUCGGCCAGCACAGCGAAGAGGGACGGACGUGGCAGGACUGGAUGAACCUCGCUCGGAGCAUCCAGGGCUGGAUCCAGGACUAUGAGACCACGCGGGUCCGAGCCGGGCUGGCGCACGAGAUCGGCGUUGAGCCAACGCCGCGAGCACCUGCCUCCGCAGCGGUAGCGGCCCCGGACACGCAGUCGAACGGCCUCGACCCGGUCGAGGCCAAGAUCGACAUCGAUGCUGGCACCGCUGCUGCAGGCGCUGAAGCGUUCCGCACCGCGUCGAUCCUUUCCGACCCCGGAGCUGCGACAGAUGUCGACCUGCAGCCGUGCCUGUCGCCUCGGCAGCUACAGGUCCCUGCUGUGUUUGGCUCGCCAGAGUCGGGUUCUGCAAAGCUCGGUCGAUCGUCGAGCAUCAGUGGAUCGUCUUUCGGGGCGAGGAUGGCGCGACGGCAGCAGCAGCAGCAGCAGUCGCACCAACAGCAGCACAAGCAGUCGGCCGUCGAGGUGGUGCCCGAGUGCGUGCUGCGGGACCUCGUCGACCGGCGCUACGGCUUCCGACGGCGAGGGGGCAUCCCUGAAGGCUUGCCGGCGGGUCCAGAUGGCGAAGAGUUUGAGGACUACUCGUGGUCAAGGCAGAAGCUCGAUGCCCGCCACUUUGCCACUGCUCUCACCAUCGGAAGCGACUCGCUAUCGCACAUGCUCGGGCAGGUGCAGCGGUCAGACUGGGUGCACGCGUCGGCGUGGGAGCUCGACUACCUCGAGAUGUGCGUCUUCAAGUCGCCGCUGGUGGCCGAGCGCUUCCCGCCACCGGGCUCAGCCAUUGUCCCGUCUGCGCGCUCCUACCAGCCGAGCGAGGGGACGCAGGAUCGGACGAAGCUGUGCCCCAACCCGGACGAGAACGGAUGCUGGAGCAGCGCCGAGUGGAAGCGGUGGCUGACGACGAUCCGCGAAGGCCAGAUCAUUGUGCCCGCCAUUGGGUGGCAGGCGUGGUGGACCCUCAUCUCGGUCCUCAACGGCGCCGACAGGACGGGACGCACCUAUGACCUCCAGGUCAAGACGCCCGAGGAGCCGUUCGAGGCCCUCACCGACCUCGGCGCCGUCUACAUCUGA